UUUCCUUGGUUAGUAUCUCAGUCUCCACCAGGGUAGAUAGUUGCCAACAAACUGGUUCUUUGAUAACCCCAGUUCAACCUACAUUGCAUGCCAUCAUCAGUUUGAUAUCGAAUGAGAAAAUUACAAAACGCUCAUAUCGAAUGAGAAAAAACUGAUCAAAAUUUCUCAGACGAAAAAUGACCAGUCUUGUCCUAGCAGGCUGCUUCCUCCUCCUCCUUCCUUGUGCAGGUUUUUUUGCAGCUGCGUACGACCCUUUGGAUCCAAAUGGGAACAUAACAAUCAAAUGGGAUGUAAUGUCAUGGACUGCGGAUGGCUAUGUGGCUGCUGUGACGAUGAACAAUUUCCAAAUGUACCGGCACGUCAUGAGUCCUGGUUGGACGCUGGGAUGGACGUGGGCUAAGAAAGAAGUAAUUUGGAGUAUGGUGGGUGCGCAAACCACUGAACAAGGUGACUGCUCCAAGUUCAAAGCCAACAUCCCACAUUGUUGCAAGAAGACCCCAACCGUUGUAGACCUCCUCCCUGGUGUUCCUUACAACCAACAAUUCACCAACUGUUGCAAAGGUGGAGUCUUGUCUUCCUGGGGCCAAGAUCCACAGGCUUCCGUUUCUGCCUUCCAAGUCAGCGUUGGCCAAGCGGGUACUUCAAACAAGACUGUCAAACUUCCCAAAAACUUCACUUUGCUCGGUCCAGGACCAGGUUAUACCUGCGGCCCUGCAAAGGUGGUUCCUCCAACCAAUUUUCUCACUCCUGAUCGUCGCCGCAAAACUCAGGCCCUGAUGACAUGGAACGUGACGUGCACCUAUUCCCAGUUCUUAGCUCGAAAACACCCCAGCUGCUGUGUUUCCUUCUCGUCCUUCUACAAUGAGACGAUCACUCCUUGCGCAUCUUGUGCUUGCGGUUGUGAAAACAAGAAAAAAUGCAUCAAGAGCGACUCCAAGCUUCUUAGCGUAGUUGGAAUAAACACUCCGAGAAAAGAUAAUGCACCGCUGCUGCAGUGCACGCACCACAUGUGCCCUGUAAGGGUGCACUGGCAUGUGAAGAUCAACUACAGGGAUUACUGGAGGGCAAAGAUAGCAAUCACUAACUUCAAUUACCGGAUGAACUACACGCAAUGGACUCUCGUCGUUCAGCAUCCCAAUCUCAACAACGUGACUGAAGUUUUUAGCUUUGAUUACAAGCCACUCGAACCCUACAGAGCCAUCAAUGAUACAGGGAUGUUUUAUGGCAUGAAAUUCUACAACGAUCUGCUAAUGGAAGCAGGACAAUUUGGAAAUGUCCAAUCUGAGGUACUUCUUCGAAAGGACAAGGACACUUUUACGCUCAAGCAAGGAUGGGCAUUUCCCCGGAAAGUAUACUUCAAUGGUGAUGAGUGUAUGAUGCCUCCGCCAGAAGCCUAUCCAUUCUUACCAAAUUCUGCAAAUCAAAACCCAGUUCGUUUCUCAACAUGGAUAUGUUCAGUUCUUACACUUUUAAUUGUAUGGAUAUGGUAAUCAUAUCCUAGUUUUGAUUAUUUGAACAUUACUGUUAAGUUUUGAAGCAGAGAGACACGGCCGCAGAAAAGUUGGAAGCCCAGGUACACAUUUAUUGAGUACUUUGCUAAGGAGAAAAUGGCACUUAAUCUUAAAGAUGCAUAUGCUCAGUCAACUACUAAGAGGUUGUAAUACAAAAGAUAUACACCCAACACACUGUAUUUAUGCACCAUGGUCCAUGACAACAUAUCAUUCGUUACUU